CAGCAACGUCAGCCCUUGAUUCCGCCUUUGAUGUGAGAGUAGCCUGGAAGCGCUCUAAACCCAUCGAUCGCCCAGUCUCACUAACAACUCCAAUCAGGUACUUUGGUCAUGAUGAAGAGUAUUGUCCAGCCAAUAGCAGUGUGGGAGAGGAAAGCACCAUCUCACUCAAUCUGUGCUCUAAUGUUAACUGACGAUCAGCGAACUAUUGUGACAGGGAGUCAGGAAGGGCAGAUUUGCCUCUGGAAUCUGUCUCCUGAUUUCAAGACGCUACCAAGAAUCUUCCUGUUUGGUCACACUUCUCCCAUUACUUGCCUUGGCAAAGCAAGUGAAAAGCAACCAUGUGUUGUCAGUGCAGCUGAAAAUGGGGAGAUGUGUCUCUGGAAUGUUACCAGUGGCCAAUGUAUAGAACAUACAAAACUGCCCUUCACCCACACUGCAAUCAAUUACUAUUACCGUUCGUUUCGGAUGUCUGGAGAUGGCUGGUUGCUUUGUUGUGGACAGUAUCAGGAUGUGCUGGUUAUUGAUGCAUGCACCCUGGAGCUUUGCCAUGCUCUUGUUUCAUCUGCCACACCCGACUGGAUCAGCUCAAUGUGUAUCGUCCGUUCUCAAAGGAUUCAAGAGGAUUCCUUAGUGGCCAUAUCAGUGACAGGAGACCUGAAAGUGUGGGACCUUUCUUCAUCAGUUAAUGGUAUCCAGGCGAGAGAGGAUGUUUUUGAAGCAGAAUCCAAGUCACUCCAAUGUUUUAAUUGUCAAGCGGUCUGUUUCUGUACUUAUACCGAACGUUUGCUAUUAGUAGUUUGCUCUGAUUGCUGGAAGGUAUUUGAUUACUGUGACUUCUCAUUGCUGUGUUUUGUGAACUGCAAUACCGGUCACCACUGGGCUGGUGGGGAAGUCUUGGCUGCAAACAAAAUAAUCAUUUGGACCGAGACCGGGCAGAGCUACAUUUACCAGCUGCCUGACAGGUGGGGUCAGAUGGGGAAACCACGUGAAAAGUUCAGCAGCCUGUUUAAAGCUGGCAUUUUUACUUCCCAUGGACAUUCAUUAACUGAAACUGUUUCACCUCGUCUGCUCUGCUAUACAUCAAAAGAUGUUAAUGGGAAGUUUCUCCAGGCAAUUCUGAUUUUUAUCAACGAGCGUAAGGAACCGUUUCAUAAGAUUCUGUUCUGUGGUGAAGCAUCAGGAACGAUUUCCAUGUGGCACAUUCCUGACGUUCCAAUGGCCAACCGCGAUGGUUCCCCUCAAGAGAUUCAGAUAGCUACGACGUUGAGUCUUCAAGGAGCAUUUGAACAACAUAAGACCUUGACAGAAGAAAUAACUGGUCAGCUUGGGGUACUUCCAAAUGGAAUCCAGACUGGUUUGAUUACAGCUAGUGUCUAUAUUCCCAAUCUUGACAAUCUGGUUUGUGGAUGUGAGAAUGGGAGAAUUAUAAUCACUCUUGGUUUGCAUGCUGCCCGGGCUCAACUCCUGAUGGAACACUCUUUGUUGAAAGCCUGGUUACCCCACAGGAUUCUGGUGGGCCACUGUGCUAAAGUCACCUGUCUCCUCCACCCAUUCAAUAAAUCUACAACCUUUGACACCAGCUGGUUGGUCUCUGGAGAUGAGGAUUCGAAUGUGAUUUGGUGGGAUAUGUUCAAAGGAGAGGUUCUGCACAAAUUUGUGUUGCACGCAGGCCCAGUUCUGAACCUGUCAGUAUGCCCAGAAGACUGCAGUCCAGAGAUCCACCAGUGUAUUUGCUGCUUAGCAAAUGAUAAUUCUGUAGCAUUGUUGAGUCUUCAAUACCGAACAUGCUUGAUGCAUGCAAGAAAACAUCUUUCACCUGUGAAGAUAAUAAAAUGGCGUCCAGCAGAAGACCUCCUUAUAGUUGGAUGUGAUGAUGGUGCAGCUUACGUCUGGGAUGUUGAGACUGGUACACUUGAUCGACAUGAGAUCGGUGAUAUUGCAAAAGCAAUCAUUGCUUCAUGUGAUGACACAUCAUCUACGUUUGUGAAUGUGAUGGAUUCAGUAUCUUUGGGAGUGAAACCUCCAGAUCCAAUCAAAAAGAAGAACACCAGCUACAAACAAUCUGGCUCUUUCAAAUUCAGCUCCUCUUCACCUGCGUUCCAAAUUGCUGAAAGCUCUAAAUCUGCAGAGAAGUUCCUAAAGCUAGUUUGGAUUCAGCAGCUUCUGGUAUACACCCCUUAA